AUGUCACAGAUCGCAGUUCUCAAGCCAAAUACUGAACGUGAGCAAGGCUCAAAGGUCCAACUUGGAAAUGUCCAGGCCACAAAGCAUGUCGCUGACAUUAUCCGAACCUGUCUCGGUCCUCGAUCAAUGUACAAGAUGUUGAUGGAUCCUCAGGGUGGUAUCGUUGUCACCAACGACGGAAACGCCAUCCUCCGAGAGAUCAUGGUCAAGCAUCCAGCUGCCAAGUCGAUGAUCGAAAUCUCGCGAACUCAGGACGAAGAAUGCGGCGAUGGCACCACUUCCGUCAUCAUCCUCGCCGGUGAAAUCAUGUCCGCCGCGCAGGAGUUCCUUGAGGAUCAAAUGCACCCAACCAAAAUCAUCAACGCCUACCGAUUAGCUCUCGAAGACAUUGACGAAUUCAUGAACAAUGAUUUCGGCAAGACCAUUGAUCCAAACAAUGACGAAGACAUGGCCAAGUUGGUCAACUCAGCUCUUGGAACGAAAUUCAUCAGCCGAUGGAUGGAUUUGGCUACCAAGAUGGCCAUCAAAGCUGUCCGAACCGUUCAUAUCAAAGAAAAUGGCCGAACUGAAAUUGAUAUCAAACGAUUUGCGAAAGUCGAGAAGAUUCCUGGUGGCCAUAUUGAAGAUAGCGAGGUGCUCAACGGAGUUAUGUUGAACAAAGACAUCACUCACCCAAAGAUGAAGCGACGAAUCGAGAACCCACGAAUUCUUCUCUUGGAUUGCUCCCUUGAAUAUCAAAAGGGAGAGAGUCAAACAGACAUGGAGUUGUCGAACGAAGCCGACUUCACCCGAAUUCUCCAGCUCGAAGAAAACUAUAUCAAAGAAAUCUGUGACAACAUCAUCGCUCUCAAGCCAACCCUUGUUUUCACCGAGAAGGGCAUCUCCGAUUUGGCACAGCACUUCUUGGCCAAGGCUGGAAUCACUGCUAUCCGACGAGUCCGAAAAACAGACAACCUUCGAAUCGCACGAUGCUGCGGCGCGACAAUCAAAUCGCGAACCGACGAGAUCAGCGAGGACGACAUUGGAACCGAAGCCGGUCUCUUCGAAAUUAAAAAGUUCGGCGAAGAAUACUUCACCUACGUUACUGAGUGCAAGAAGAACACUGCCUGUACAAUCAUCUUGAGAGGCGCUUCCAAGGACGUUCUCAUGGAAGUUGAGCGAAACCUUCAGGACGCCAUGCAGGUCGCAAGAAACGUGCUUCUUGAAUGCAAAAUCGUCCCCGGAGGCGGCGCUUGCGAACUCGCUGUCGGCAGCUUCUUGAAUCAAAAUGCAAAGAAAUACCACGGCGAAGAACAGUUCCCCUACAGAGCUCUCGCCCGAGCCCUGGAAGUGAUUCCCCGAACACUCGUCCAGAACUGUGGUGGCAACACGAUCAGAACACUGACAGAGCUGCGAGCAUUGCACGCCAAGGGAAACAACAAUCACGGCGUGAACGGCGAAACUGGAAAGAUUUGCGAUAUGGAGAAGCUUGAUAUUUGGGAGCCUUUGACUGUCAAAUUGCAAGUGUACAAAACCGCGAUCGAAACAGCGACUCUUCUGCUGAGAAUCGACGACAUCGUCCAAGGAACGAAACGCGCGGACGGUAGCGAAGGAAUUGGCGCAGUUUCGCAAAACUAA